AUGACGAACGGCGGAGAGGGGGGGCGGAGUGAAUGCUGCGCGCCAAUUGACGGGCAGCGUCGAUUGACGAGCAGCAGCUCGUCGGGCGGCGCGCCGAAGACUGACGGAUUUCUCGAUCAGGUGAGGGGCGAGAGUGACGAGGAGCGCGUGGGGGACAUCUCAAGCAUCUCCUCUCCUCUCCUCUCCUCUCCUCUCCUCUCCUCUCCUCUCCUCUCACUGCCUCUCCUCCCCGCACCCAUCCUUUCCUCCCCGCUUUCAUCCCCGCUCCCAUCCUUUCAUCCCCGCUCCCAUCCUUUCCUCCCCGCUCCCAUCCUUUCAUCCCCGCUCCCAUCCUUUCCUCCCCGCUCCCAUCCUUUCCUCCCCGCUCUCGUCCUUUCCUCCCCGCUCUCGUCCUUUCCUCCCUGCUCUCGUCCUUUCCUCCCCGCUCUCGUCCUUUCCUCCCCGCUCUCGUCCUUUCCUCCCCGCUCUCGUCCUUUCCUCUCCCCUCUCAUCCUUCACCAUAGCGCUCUCACCCUAAGCCCUCCCUCAGCUCAUUCCAGCUCCUCCCGUCCCUGUCCCCCUUCUUCCCCUCAUGUCCCCCGCUCCUUCCCCCCUUUUUCCCCCUCCAUGCCCUCAUUCCCAUUCCUCCUUCCCCUCAUUUCACCCUUUUCUUUCCCAUUUCCCCACUGCUUCCCUUUGAUUUCCCCGCUCCCCCCUUCCGCCACCUGCUUCUGCAGCGUGGUCACCGCCACGGAACCGCCAUCUGCACGUUUGACGAGGUGCGCGAGAUGCGCCCAUUCAUGCGCCAUCCCUCCGAGCCCUGCCUCGCCGCCCUCCGGUAGUGACUCUCUCCCCCCUGUCCUCCUCUCUCCCCCCUGUCCUCCUCUCUCCCCCCUGUCCUCCUCUCUCCCCCCUGUCCUCCUCUCUCCCCCCUGUCCUCCUCUCUCCCUCUAUCCCCCCGUUUCCCUUCCCCCAGCUUCCCUUCCCCCCACUUCCCAUCCCCCCUUUUUCCCGUCCCCCCAUUUCCCUUCCCCCCGUUUCCCUUACCCCCAUUUCCCUCUCCCCCAUUUCCCUUCCCCUCAUUACCCUUCCCCCAUUUCCCUUCCCCCUGCUUCCCUUAUCUCCGAUAUUGCUCUGCCACUCUCCUCCGCGUCCUCGGCUAAGUGUGCUGUGCAGGCUGCAGCAGGGCAGCGGGGCGCCAUGUAG